GCUCGAUGCUCCGGAAGGAACACACCGAAUGUCAGAUCGAGGUUCUGCGGGUGUUCGGGAACCUGACCCGGUGGCCGGCCGUCCGCGAGGCACUCGCUGACCGAGAAGACGUGUCUGGUGAUGCACCAGUGGUGUCGCGGCUGGUGACGCUGCUCGACUCGGACAACCGGGAGCUGGUCUACACCACCGUCGGCGUGCUCAUCAACCUGAUGACCGACCCGGGCAAGAGGAGCGACUUCAACAGCUUCGGAGGCAUCGACAAGCUGAUCCUGGUGCUGGAGGACUUUGGCUACAGCGACUGGCAGCUGGCGGCGCUGGUCUGCAAGGUACUCUGGAACCUGGCCGCCGACACGGACGACGUCGGCCAAGUGUUCUCCGACCAGCAGGCCGACCAGCUGGCCGUCGUACUCGACGAGUAUCUCGACGACGAGGUGCUGUUCCCGGAGUCGGGUCUGACGGCCGAGGAACAGCAGAUUGCCGCCAUGUUGCGCCCCCUCUGGGAGGAGUUUGCUGACGUGGCCGCCAGUCUGCUGGAGAAGCUGGACGACUCGCUGGAGUCUGUCGCCUCGGCCGCCGCCGCCACUGUGCCCUCGGAAAGCUCCAAGACUGCCUAGACGGAGCCAGAGGACGCUACCUGCGUCCGGGCGGUGUGCUCAUUGAGAGGCUUAGAGGGGUACGGACGGCUGUGUGCUGUGUGUGCCGGAAAGUUGUGAUGUGUUUGGGAGAAUGUUGAGAGGAAUGCUGCCAGUGCUGCCAGGGAUUUGUUGCCCCUGCGCGAGUGUGCUAUCCGCAUUGAAUGGUCUGAGUCUAGACCGGCGCUUGGCUGGUGGGUGUGGUUGGGUUAGAGGUCUGAUGGUAGGGCAGCUUUCUGCCCGACUCUCAGUCAUAUUAUGGGUGAUAUUAUGAUAGCUCGAUUUCGUUACAG